CCAGUCUCUCCUUGUCCUCUUCCCUUCCUCCUCGCUCCAUCAAGGCCUAAGGACCUACUUUUUAGAUCAUGGGCGAUAUCCGCGACGCAGACUUUCCGACCAGCGAUGACCUCGAAGCCUCAGAUCACGGUGAUGAAACACCCGCGCCGCGCACGCCAGUGGUAACCCGGGACUACCAGCUCGAGAUGUUUACCGCCAGUCUGCGGGAGAACAUCAUCGUCGCGCAGGACACGGGCUCGGGCAAGACGCUCAUCGCGAUCCUGCGCAUGAAGCACGAGGUUGAGCGAGAGCCACGCAAGGUCUGCUGGUUCUUCGCGCCCACCGUCGCCCUGUGCGAGCAGCAGCGCGACGUGAUCGCGCUCGACAUACCCGUCUCCGUCGGCCUCAUCUCGGGCGCUCUCGAGCCCAAUCAGUGGAAAGACAUCGCGCUCUGGCGCGGCGUGCUGCAGCGGCACCGGAUCAUCGUCUCGACGCCCCAGGUGCUCCUCGACGCGCUUCGGCAUGGGUAUGUCAAGCUCGGCGAGGACAUCGGGCUGCUCGUCUUUGACGAGGCGCACCAUGCGGUUGAUAAUCACCCGUACAACUGCAUCAUGAAGGAGUUUUAUUUCAGGGUGGCGGUGCGCGAACAUGGGGCUGCGUCGGGUGCUGAAUCGCGCGAGGAGAGGCCUAUGGUGCUGGGGCUGACGGCUAGCCCGGUGUACGGAGGGAACGUGGAGGCGUCUAUGAGGAUCCUUGAGCGCAACCUAGAUUGCAUCGUGCGCAGUCCCCGCCUUCAUCGCUCCCAGCUUAUCUCCUUCGUCCAUCGACCCAUCUUUAAACAUGUCCUAUACCGUCCGGCCCCCUUCUUCGACAAAACCUAUACCGCGUCCAAUAUUACCGCGCUCUCCUCCGUGCUGGCCACACUUAACGUCAAAGACGACCCGUACAUCAUCUCCCUGCGCGGGCAGCUCGCACACAAGACGCCCGGAUCGCCCGACUAUAUGCGCACUGACCAGAAGCUAAGCAAGACAAUCAAAAAGGAAGAUACUUAUACGCACAGGGGCCUGAAGGACAUCGUGAGCACCGCGACGGAGAUCUGCUUCGAUCUCGGACGCUGGGCCGCGGACUGGUACGUCCACAAGGCGAUCUCGCUCGCGCGGGAGAACCCGAUGCCGUACGAGAGCGCAUUCACCUCCGUCCAAGAAAAAGAAAAAGCCUACCUCUUACGCAUCCUCGCGCGCGUGCACGUCUCCCCGCCGUCAUACGACCCCGCCGCCAUCGAGGCCGGCGUGUCCGACAAGCUGUGCGUGCUCAUCGACACGCUGCUCGCGGAGAAGCGCGGCGCGGAGGAGGAGGCGAACGAGGCGUACAGCGGGCUCGUGUUCGUCACGCGACGGGACGCCGUGCUCUCGCUCGCGGAGGUGCUCGCAGUGCACCCGCGCACCGCGGGCGUGCUCCGCGUCGGGCGCAUCGUGGGCACGUCGGAGAGCGCGUACCGCAAGACGCUGCUCGAUGUGACGCGCGCGCUGAUGCGCAAUACGCACGGGGAGACGCUCGGCAGCUUUCGUACGGGCGAGUUUAAUGUGCUCGUUGCGACGAGCGUUGCGGAGGAGGGGCUGGAUAUCCAGGCGUGCUGUAAUGUGGUGAGAUGGGAUGUGCCGAAUAAUAUGGUCAGUUGGGCGCAGAGCCGCGGGCGGGCGAGGCGCUGGCGGAGCACGUUUGUGUUGAUGUUUGAGAGCGGGAAUAUGGAUGCGGCGGGGGUGGAGCGCUGGAUGCAGCUAGAGAGGCAGAUGGUGGAGCAGUAUAACAAUCAGAUGCGGCUCGCGGGGAAUGCGCUCCCCAGAUAUGAUGAAGAGGACGAUGAAGACCAGGAAGACGACGACCAUGCGGUGCGGUUUACGGUCGAAUCUACUGGCGCGCUCCUUACGCUCCAAUCCGCACCCCCGCACCUGAACCACUUCUGCUCUGUCCUCCCCAACUCGCGGCACACCGCCCAUCGUGCGCUGUACGACAUCGACCCGCCCGAAUUCCCCGAGGGCUGGCACGCCCUCGACCCACGCACGAACACACUUCCCUACCCCGGGCCAUUCGGGUGCACCGUCACGCUCCCGCGCGUCCUGCCACCACUCCUGCGCACGUUCUCCGUUCCGCAGAAGUACUCGAGCAAGCUCUCGGCACGGCGCCACGUCUCGUUCAAAGCCUACAAAACGCUAUAUGAUGCCGGACUGCUCAACGAGCACCUGAUGCCGCUCACGAGCGUCAUCGAGCCCGAGCUCGAGGAGGAGGUGAAGGCGCUGCUCGCGGCUGUCGAUGCACGGGAGGGCACCGCAGCUGUCAAGUUGCAGAUGGACGUGUGGGUCCCCGAGGGCUCUGGAACAUUAGAGGCGCUCGGGGAGGAGUGGUACGGAUGCGAUGUGGAGAUUGAGAAUAUGCCCCGGCUGCGGAUGUGGACGAAGGCGAAGCUGGCAAGGCUGGAGGAAGAGGCGAUGCCGACACUGUAUCAUCCCGUGCAUGGGCCGCUGAGGGUCACGAUCACCCCCGAAGAGGAGCCGUCUACGCCGUUCGAUGUGGAGUCGAUGCAGGUGUAUACGCACAGACUGUUUGCCACACUCUGCGGACCGCGGAUGCCAGCGGACAAGCUUGAUUUUGCGUAUCUGUUCGAGGUCGAUGGCGACGAAGAACAGGGCCGGUGGGACCAGAUUCGUCUCUGGGCCAGCGCCAACCAGGGGCUCAGUCCGCUAGGCACCACGCGCCUCGUGAACGCGGCGGAGUUUGGGCAGAUGCUGGACUAUCCGUCGGACAUUGUCCUGAUUCGCGACAGCGUGCCGUACGGGAAGCUGUUCCGGUUCGUGGAAUGGAAGUAUGACCAGCCUUCGCCCGAGGAAGAAGAACAGCUCAAAGAGACGUACCGGAGAUUCGACAUGCUCGAGAUCAGCCUGCCCCUGCUCGUCGUCGAAGAUCGGGCACCGCGCGUCAACUUUUUGCAUCCGGCCGAGAAGCGCAGUCGGCGUAGCUCAGAGAAGGCGAGAAAGCUUCUGAUUCCGGAGUAUUCCUUCGUGGAGCUGGUGUCCCCCGUUGAAGCCGAGUUCGCGCUUCUUGUGCCUUCUAUCUUGCGCUACAUUUCUGUGGCGAACACGGCGGCUUCUCUCCGCGCGACGCUCUUGACGGAUCCACAGCUUGCGGAGAUUCCGCUUUCGUUGGUCAAGAUGGCGAUUUCGGCGCCUGUAUCGCAGGAGCCUACGAAUUAUCAGCGGCUCGAGUCACUUGGGGAUGCCGUUCUCAAGCUUGUCGUUGGGGCGUAUCUGUAUAGCGAACAUCCGCUCUGGCAUGAAGGGUACCUGACGCAGAGAAGAGAUCAUGCGGUCUCCAACGUUCGUCUUGCCAAGUCUGCAAUUCAGAAGAAGCUCUACAGAUGGAUCGUCCGCGACCACUUUGCUCCGAAGAGAUUCAUGCCUCGGUAUCUUACAGACAAUCGAGGAGCAACGAACGAAGAAGAGAACAGCGACGAGAACGGCAACGGCAAAGGCAAGGAAGAUCUCUCCACCAAAGUGCUUGCCGACGUUGUAGAGUCCCUCAUCGGUGCCGCAUACGUGCACGGCGGGUUCGAGCUUGCCAUCUCGCUCAUCCGCACCAUCGACGUGCACCUCGCGCUUUCUCCUCUCUCUGCCUCUAUCGAAGCCGCGUACGCCGCUGCUGACCCGUCGCUCGAGGCUCCCCCGCAAGUGGCCCACGUACAAAACAUGAUCGGCUACACGUUCACCAAGCCCCUUCUGCUCGUCGAGGCCCUAACACACGCAUCGCACCAGACCGACCUGCGCACAGUCUCCUACGAGCGGCUCGAGUUCCUCGGCGACGCCGUGCUCGACAUGCUCAUCGCCGACUACCUCUACAAACACCCCAAGAACUUCAGCCCCGGCGAAAUCACGCUCCGCAAACACGCGAUCGGCAACGCGCUCUUCCUCUCAUACGCCUGCCUCAGCAGCUGCACCCCCGUCGACGCGUCCGUCCCCGCGCCCGAUCCGCUCCGGCACGGCAAGAUCACACUCCGCGCGAAAACAGAGCACAUCUAUCUGUACCAGUGCAUGCUGCACAGCUCCUCCGCGCUGCUCGACGAGCAAAAAGGCGCGUUCGCGCGGUUCGCGAGUGUCGGCGGCCCCCUCGCGCGCUCGCUUUCCCAUUCGAGCGUGUUCCCGUGGGCGGAGCUCACGCGUCUGCAGGCGCCCAAGAUUCUGUCGGAUAUCGUGGAGAGCGUUAUCGGCGCGGUGUACAUCGACGCGCGGGGCGAUGUGGUUGCGGUGCGUGGGGUGCUGGGCAGGAUGGGCAUGUGGACGAUGCUCGAGCGGGUGUCGGAUGGCGAUGUGGAGGUCGAGCAUCCGGUGUCGACGCUCCAUCGGUGGGCGUCGCAGCGCAAGACGGAGGCGGGCGAGCCGGCGCCGAGGAAGGUCGUUUAUGAGUACGAGGUGGAGCGCGGUAAGGUGGUGUGCACGGUGCGUCUCGAGGGCGUCGAGGAGCUGGGCAGUGUUGCUGCCGAGUGCGAGAAACGGGGGAGUGCGAACGCGCGGAGGAACGAGGCCAAGUAUUUGGCUGCCAAUAAGGCACUCAGGGUCUGGGGCAUUCGCGAUGCAGAGAUGGAUAUCGAUCCAGAGGAUGGAGAUGAGGACGAGGAUGUCACCAUGGUCGACAGUAGCUUAUGAUGCCCAUUAUGCUUGGAACACCUCAAGGACGGAUACAACGGAAACAGCACUUGUAUUGUAUUUAUAUUGGUAUUGAUAUGCAUAUAUAAGUAAC